CCAGGCAACGACAAAAAUAAUUAAAAAUGGCCGCGGUUAACGAUUGCUUCAGUAUUGGGUCGACGGUGAUGUGCACGACCUGCUUCAAUGAGGAAUUCGAAGGAGAAGUUCUAGCAUUUGACCAUAACACAAAAAUGCUAAUCUUAAAAUCAGAAUGCCGAUCUAAAAAUGCAGAACAUUUAAAUGAUGUUCAUGUGUUGAAUCUUUCAUUAUGCAGUAAUGUUCAAGUGAUCAAGGAAUGCAACGGCAAUUUUGUUGAAGAUCCACAAAAAUUAAAUUUGGAACAAUUGAAAAUAAGGCUACGCAAAACAGUACAACAUCGUCAAACGUAUCUCAAGUCGAAAAAUGCUGAUGUUAGCCCGGAGGCACAAGAAUUAUACAGAGUGAUUGCUAAGCAAUUUAAGUAUAACGAAGUAUCUUGGCAGGGUUUAAAUAUACAAAUAUUCAAAGAAGUUACCAUUACGCCGCCAUAUAGGGCAGAGAAUGUGAUUUCCACAUCAAGCAAUAAGAACUUAUGCAACUAUAUUAAGAAAAUGAUUGAAAAUUUUGUUAUUAACAGAGCUGCACAGGAGAAUGCAUCAGUAAUGGGUACUUCGUCAGCGUCUUCGCCUACAUCGUCAUCAUUGUCAUCAAGUAAUGCGGCAUCGGGCUCACCAGUGCCUGCUAAUUCAUAAUAAUUAUAUGUUUUGAAAACAAAAAAACACCAAGAACAACAAUAAACAAAAAACAAAUGAAACAAAAAUAUAA